AUGGACCCAUUGAAGUAUCUCUUUAAGAAGCCCCUUUUGAGUGGAAUAUUGUCAAGAUGGUUAAUUUUGUUGGUGGAAUUCAAUUUGAAGUAUGUAGCCAAAAAAACUAUCAAGGGAAGUAUCAUGACAGAUUUUUGUGCUGAGAACCCUAUAGAGGGGCAAGAUGGUAAAGAGGAUUUUCCGGAUGAAGAUAUUUUGGAUAUUGAGUUAAGGAUAUGGAAGAUGUACUUUGACGGAGUUGUAAACCAAUAUUGGAAUGGGAUAGGGAUACUCUUGAUCACUCUCGAGGGGUCUCACAUACCUUUGGCAAUCAAAUUGAACUUUGAAGCAACUAACAACAUGGCUGAAUAUGAGGCUUGCAUUGCCGAAAUGGAAGCUCUUCGAGAAUCGGGAGUAAAGGAGGCCAAAGUCUUUGGGAAUUCAACUUUGGUUAUAACCCAAGCACAAAAGUUGUGGAAAGUGAAGGAAGAACAUUUGAAGCCUCAUAAACAACACUUAGAGGACUUGACCAAGAACUUUGACAAGAUUGAGUACACAAUCAUCCCUAGAGCUUAG